AUGCUGCUCACCUUCACCCUCCACCUCUUGGGCAGCUCUGUUUUGCUCCUGGCUGCCACAGCUGGGGCUCAAGCUGCUCGCUGCCCGUUCCCACACCUCCGCUAUGGGAGGAGAGUGCCCUUCAGCCGCAACUCCUACAGGGCCGGGGACAGCGCCAGCUUCGCCUGCCACAGAGGCUUCACCCUGCAGGGCUCCCGCACCAGCACCUGCCAGCCUGACCUCACCUGGAGCCCACCUCUGCCAGCCUGCAAAAGGGGCAAGUAGGUGAAGUGUCCUCGGCCACCAAACAUCGCCAACGGGCUGCACACUGGGCAGUCCCUGCAGACCUUUGCCCCGGGUGUGAGUGUGCACUACAGCUGCAGGGAGGGCUACCAGCUGCUCAGCAACGUGUCCAUCAACUGCACCGAGACUGGGGUGUGGAGCAGGCCCCUGCCCCGCUGUGAAGCCAUCGGCUGUGAGGUGCCCGAGGUGCAGAACGGGAAGGUCCAUGGGCUGCAAAGCACCUACAGAGCAGGAGAGACUCUUGAGUUCAGCUGCGACCUUGGCUAUGCCGCAGAGGACACCUAUGAGAGUCAGUGCCAGCCGGGGGGCAGCUGGGACCCACCGGUGCCUGCCUGUGAGAAGGUCCGAAACUGCUCCACGCCUCCAGGGCUGAGCAACGGCAGCCACAACGGCCAGGGCAGAGCCUGGUUCAGCCUGGGGAUGGCUGUGACCUACUCCUGCGACCCUGGGCACUACCUGGUUGGAGACCCUACUGUGUUCUGUAAGGCAUCAGGGAACUGGAGCCAGCCUGGCCCUCGCUGUGAAGAGGUGAAGUGUCCUCGGCCACCAAACAUCGCCAACGGGCUGCACACUGGGCAGUCCCUGCAGACCUUUGCCCCGGGUGUGAGUGUGCACUACAGCUGCAGGGAGGGCUACCAGCUGCUCAGCAACGUGUCCAUCAACUGCACCCAGACUGGGGUGUGGAGCAGGCCCCUGCCCCGCUGUGAAGCCAUCGGCUGUGAGGUGCCCGAGGUGCAGAACGGGAAGGUCCAUGGGCUGCAAAGCACCUACAGAGCAGGAGAGACUCUUGAGUUCAGCUGCGACCUUGGCUAUGCCGCAGAGGACACCUAUGAGAGUCAGUGCCAGCCGGGGGGCAGCUGGGACCCACCGGUGCCUGCCUGUGAGAAGGUCCGAAACUGCUCCACGCCUCCAGGGCUGAGCAACGGCAGCCACAACGGCCAGGGCAGAGCCUGGUUCAGCCUGGGGAUGGCUGUGACCUACUCCUGCGACCCUGGGCACUACCUGGUUGGAGACCCUACUGUGUUCUGUAAGGCAUCAGGGAACUGGAGCCAGCCUGGCCCUCGCUGUGAAGCAACCAUCUGCAUAAAUCCACACCUAGAGCAUGGAUGGCAAGCUGAUGGCCAAGGAUUCAUCUCUGCACCUGGGCAAACGGUGACAUUUCAGUGUCACAAUGGUUACAGCCUGCAAGGCAGGGCUCAGAUCUCCUGCCAGGAGGAUGGCAGCUGGGACCCUCCUGUUCCUACCUGUGUUAGACAGCACCGUGGCCAGAAGCUCCCCAACAGGCUUGAACACCCAGGUGGUUGUGGUGCUCCUCCAAGGCUAGUCUUUGCUGAGCUAAAAGGGGAGCACAGAAAUGAGAUUGAUUUUUCUGUGGGGAAGACUGUGCACUACACCUGUCGACCAGGAUAUGUUAAGCACCCAGGAAUGUCACCUACUGUCACAUGCCUUGAGAGUGGAGCGUGGUCAGCAGCUCCAGAGUUCUGUACAAGGAAAAAAUGCAGUCACCCUGGGGAGCCAAUGAAUGGGAAAAUUAUUGCCCUAAGGGAUCUCUUCUUUGGGUCAACAGUGGUCUAUGGAUGUGAAGAAGGGCACAGGUUAAUUGGACAGGCCAGCAGACGAUGUGAGCUCUCUGGUGGACAUGUGGCAUGGAGUGGUGACAUUCCCAUUUGUCAGCGUAUCCCUUGUGAGCCACCUCCAGACAUUCCCAAUGGGAAGCACACAGGCACGCUGCUGGAUGAGUUCAGCUUUGGCACAGCUGUGACAUACACCUGCAACCCAGGGUACCCCCUCUACGGAGAGUCCUCCAUCCACUGCACCACCCAGGAUGGAAAGAACGGAGUGUGGAGCGCACCCGCCCCGCGCUGUGGAGAUGUGAGGUGUCCUCCCCCUCCCAGCAUUGCCAACGCCCAGCACAGUGCCCAGCCCUCGGGCACUCAUCUCCCAGGCUCUGCCGUGCGCUACUCCUGCAGGGAUGGCUACUCCCUCCUGGGCAAUGCUUCCAUCAGCUGUACCCCUGCAGGGACAUGGAGCCAGCCCCUGCCCCGCUGUGAAGUGCUACAAUGUCCUUCCCCCCCAAAUAUCACACAUGGCCAUCAUGAGAGCAAGGAGGUGAAAGUGUUCCUCCCUGGAACAUCAGUGAAGUACUUCUGUGACCUGGGCUAUGUCCUCACUGGGAAGACAACACUUUCCUGUUUGGCAUCUGGAGCCUGGAGCACCCCUUACCCCCGGUGUGAAGUGAAUACCUGCACAAGCCCUACCAUUCAGAAUGGAGAUGUGGCUGGAGGACAGAGCACUCUGCACCAUCCUGGUGCCAGCAUCACCUUCCAGUGCCACCCAGGCUACCUGCUGCGGGGCAGCCGUGAAGCCAAGUGCCAGCCUGAUGGGCGCUGGGUACCUGCUGUCCCCACCUGUGAGCCAAUGCUGCCCUGUCCUCCACCUCCCAUCAUCGCCAACGCCACGCACGGUGCAGAGCCUGGCACCAACUUCACCAGUGGCAUGUCCGUGAGCUACAGCUGCCAGCCUGGCUUCUCCCUCCUUGGAGACCCCUCUGUCUUCUGCACAGCCUCAGGGACCUGGAGCCUCCCAUACCCACGUUGUGCAGUUCUGCAAUGUCCUUCACCUCCAAAUAUUGACAAAGGAAAUCACAACAGCCAGAACUUGGAAGUUUUCACUGCUGGGAUGGUUGUGAAUUACAGCUGUGACCCUGGGUACAGCCUCCUGGGAGAGGCAUCCAUUUACUGCAUGGACUCUGGAAACUGGAGCCUCCCUCUUCCUCGCUGUGCAGGUGUCUGUAGUGCCCCUCCAAACCUGACCUUUGCUGAGCUAACUGAGAAAUACAAAAACCUGAGCAAGUUUCUUGUUGGGGACACUGUGAGAUACAGCUGCCAGCUGGGAUAUGUGAGACAGCCUGGAGUAACCCCAACUCUGACCUGCCUCCCAAACCGCACAUGGUCUGCGGCACGAGCGUUCUGCCAAAGGAAGAAAUGUAAUUACCCAGAGGCACCAGAGAAUGGCAAAGUUGUUGUUCUGACAGAUCUCUUCCUUGGGUCAAUGGUGAGCUACAUGUGUGAACAAGGGCAUCGACUGGUUGGACAACCUCAGAGGAAGUGUGAGGUCUCUGGACCUGCUCUCACAUGGAGUGGUGCUCUUCCCACUUGUCAAAAGGUGGCAUGCCCAGCCCCACAGAUCAAGAAUGGGAGAGUGAUUGGUCAUAAAUACACCUACACCUACAAAGACACUGUUACUUUUAAGUGCCACAAAGGUUUCAUCUUGAGAGGCCAUCGCACAGCCCAGUGCCAAGCCAACAAAACCUGGGAUCCUCCUCUCCCGGUGUGUGUGCAGGUUGUGAAGUGUCCCCAUCCUCCAGCCGUCACCAAUGGGAAGCCCAAAGGCAACAUCUCUGACACCUUCCCCUAUGGAGCAUCUGUAUCCUACAGCUGCAAUCCUGGUUAUUCACUUGUUGGGAAUGCCUUCAUCAGCUGCAUGGGGUCAGGAACCUGGAGCCAGCCUCUUCCUCAGUGCACAGAGAUCAGAUGUGUAUUCCCAGAAGCUGAAGGUGUCAAGAAAACCAUGAAAGGAACCACUUAUCUCUUUGGGACUAACAUCACCCUUGAAUGUGAUGAUGGUUACAGGUUGGAAGGCACCAGCCAGAUUCAGUGCCAAGAGGAUUUCAGCUGGGAUCCUCCUGUACCAGCCUGUAAAUUGAUGUCACACAAGUCUGGUUCAGCAGCCCUAGGAGCUGCAGCUGCUGGAAUCCUGCUUCUCCUGGGGGCUGGCAUUGGCUGGAAAAUUCUCUUGAAGCAGAAGGAAGGCUCUUAUCACACCUAUGAAAACCACAGCUGCCAAAUCCCUCUGACCCAGACACCUGACCAGAAAUCCAGAUGCCUUCCAUAGAAGGUAUGGAUCUGUAUUCCUCAGCCUAAAACAUCAGCUAGAGCUGCAAACCUGAGUUGU